AUGAGUUCAAAUGCAACUGCUGAGAGACUAAAACAUGUUUAAGAAUUGAGGAAGGCUCACUUUCACUUUGGAUUUGAUGAGGACACAAACCAUCAAUCCGUGGCCAAACAACCCAUGCCAAUGUAGAAGGCAGCCAAAGUGAGACCAAUGACAUCUGUUGUGGAGAAGGAUUAGAAGUUAGAAUAACUGCAACCGUAGUAGCCCAUACAACCUCCUAAACUACAAUAGAAUCAUUUUCACUUGGGAGAUGACAAACCUAAAUUGGAGUCCAUAUAAAAAUCUGACUAUUAAAGACCCUAAAGUGCAGCUGUUGCUAAAUUGAGCGAUGAGACAAAAAAAGAUUUGAGAUCUCAUCAUUUCCAACUAGGUUAUCACGAUUACAAUAAGCCAACUGAAUACGAAUAGAAUUUUGCAGAUCAAGGCAAAAACAAUUUCAAGAAGGCUGAUAAUGCAGAUUUACGUAAACAUCAUCACGACUUUGGGGACACGAAUAAUUACUACUCCUCAAUGUACGAUACUGUGCAUAACAAACAAUAUGACAAGGCUUUAUUAGGACAGGGAUACUCAAAAGAAAGAAUGGCAGAAAUGAAUGUUCAAUUAAGAAAAACCAAUUUGGUGAUGGGAAGAGAUGGCAAUGGUUACACAACUCAGAAUUAAGCUAUAUAUGGUAAACCCUAGGCGUAAGUGAACAAUUUUCAAGACAAAACCUAACAAUUAGUUAGAAAUACACACAUAACUAUGGGUACAGACAGAGUCGAAUACACAAGUUAAGCUAAGGCUUCUCAUGUAGGCAAUCAAGGUGAUAGAUCCAUAUUAAAUGAGGCACAAUUAAAAGACUUGAGAGCUACUCAUUUUCAAGUAGGAAAUGAAUAAGCUGUCAACUAUCAAUCAGCUUACAGAUCUUAGUUCUCAGAUAGAAAAGGACAAUAAGAAUAGGUUAGGAAUCCCAUAAUUUUUCAAUCAAAUUCCAUUUUGAUCUUAAAGAUGAAGUUGUCGAGACCUACCGUAUAAGAACAUUAUAAAAGCACAUAUAAUCAAUAAUUUGAUGGAUAAAAGGCUGAGAAAGUUAAUCCAAUAGUGGAUAAUUCCAAGAAUAUCAUGAUUGGAAAUGAUAAAUUGAGUUAUUAGAGUGAGGCUUAAGCUAGGUUCAGAGAUUUUCAUUCGAAGCCAGGAAAAUUGCAGGAAGAAGUCUAAGCUGAGUUAAGGAAACAUCACUUUAAGUUUGGAACUGAUGAAGACACAACUGAAUCAGUGGCAAAGGCAUAAUUCAAGAAUCCUCAUGGACAACCAAGUAAAAUGGAUGCAGAAAUGAAAAAAGAUUUGAGAACACAUCACUUUUAAUUAGGAUAUUGUAGAAAUGACUAUUAAACCCAUCAAAAAGAAUUUGGAUCAAAACAAGGACCUCCAAAUAAGUUACCUCCAGAGAUGGCAUAAAGGGUCAGAUAGAGUUCCUAUUAGAAUUGA